AUGCAUUAUCUAAAAGGUUAUUUAUCUGGUGAGGCCGAACAGCUGCUUAGACAGAUGCCCAUAUCAGAUUCAAAUUAUGAAAGGUGUUGGUCACUACUUAAUUCUAGAUAUAAUAAUAAAAGAUAUUUGUCACAUUUUAUUUUGAAACGUUUAUUAAGUCAAAGAAAUAUUACAUCAGAGUCAGCUAAUUGUUUAAAAAAUCUUAUUGAUACAACUAAUGAUUGUUUAAGUUCAUUAACCAAUUUAGGUAUAAAUGCAAGCACUUGGGAUAUUAUUAUUAUUCAUAUACUUACCUUAAAGCUCGAUUCGGAGUCCAGGAAACAGUGGGAAUUUUCUGUAACAAAUAAUAAUUCAUCUGAAGAACUACCAACCUUUAACCAAUUUUCUGAAUUCCUUACAAAUCGUUAUCGAGCCUUAGAGUUCUUGGACACCAAAUCAGCUACUGUAACCAAAAAUUCUCAAUAUAAUAAUAAUGUAAAUAAAUUUAGAACUUUUAUAGCUUCAGCUAAUAAGAUUCAAUGUGCAUUUUGUUCUGAGGAUCAUAGGAUUAUACAUUGUAAUAAUCACUCUGCCAAAUCCUGCCAAAGUUCAAACAAAUGCCGUAUUUGCAACCGUCAUCAUCACUCGCUAUUACAUCCACCAAGUUCAGGUAUUUCUGGAGCCAACGCUGAAACAACUAAAAAUAAUAAUGGUAACAUUGGUUCAUCAAGCUCAGAAUCAAACAACGAGAUGGAGUCAACUCCUUUAGCAACGUUCUUUUCGACAGGACUAGUUCUUAAUCAGGUGUUGCUAGCCACUGCGUUGGUCAAGGCCGCGUCGAAAACGGGAGAACAUUAUAUAAUUCGAGCGUUGUUAGAUCAGGGGUCACAGACGUCAUUCGUAACUGAAGCGACAGUCCAAUAUCUGGGAUUAAGAAAAUUCCUA